GUAUUUCCAUCCAUGAAAUCAUCCAAUGGACUUAGUUCUUAUGCGACUGCUGUCAUAAUUGGAAGCUAAUAAUAAGAAAAAACGUUCCGUCGAACGAGCGAAAAAAAAAUAGAGAAUCAACACACACAGAAUUCCAAUCCGCUUUUAUUUUCUGACAAAAAGAGUCAUUCUCGUAACGAUACAGAUGGGACGCUCUUUGAUAUAAAAAUCGUGUUUUUUGGACACAAAACUACAAACGAUUCGUUUUUCCCUAUCAAUUCUUAUCGUUUUUAUAAAUAUUAAUUGUGAUUUAGUGAGUAUUUGUGGCGCAUCGAGUGUAGAGAGUCAGUCGUCAGAGUUGAUAUCAGUUGAAAAAAAUACAUAAUUAAAUUGCUUCGAGUCAGAUGAAAUCAAGAAUUCAAUCAACAAAUUAAUACGUUGUGAAGGGAACUGGGUACUUUUUUAUUCCGAAAAAAUCCAUUUCCUGUGUUCCAAAUUAAGUGAAUCAAUUGAUAAAUCGGAAAAUUCCGAAAAAUCAUAAACAUACGGUGAAUUUUUUAUAUCCUCUUACACAACGUUGAGAGCGGCGAUUCGAGUCACACUCGCCGUCAAAAUAUAUUCAGUCUGCAUACAUUUUCUACAAGCGGCGGCGGUUGUUGUUCGCGCGGAUCUCGAAUAGAAAAAAAUAUAUCAGUGUGUUGUUUGUUGCUGCGGCUGUUUCUGUUCAAAUCGGUUAUCUCUAUUGGUGCUGAAAAAGUUGCAUUUGAUUGUCUCUAAGUUUUUUUUCAGCGUCGCAAGUGAAAGUUUUCAACACACACGCGUAAUUGUAUAUACACGAUUUGUCUAUUUAUGUUUUGGUUGUUUGUUGCCGCCAACGUGAAUAUUUCUGAACAGAAACGGUCGAGGAUGUGAAUGAAUUGAAUGCACGAUUCACAUCUUGCGUGUUUAUGCAAAACACAACAGUGAACAGGCCAAAUUAAAUGAACGAUUCGAUAUAAUUGGACUUAGACCGACACACAACCGUCAACGACGUAGUUUUUUAAGAUAUUUUUUGUUGUUAUUUUCAUUUUUGUUGUUGUUGUUGGGUAGAAGAUCAACAACGAAAUCCGAAACGAACGACCAAUUACGCUGCGCCGUUCGGUUAAAUAAUUUAUGCGAUCGGUUAUUUUAAGUGAACUCUUAAAAUCGUGACAUUUAAUUUAAGCGGCGAUUUUUGCUUGCACAUAAAAAAAAGGAACAAAAAGAAUUUUUUUCUUACAUUAAUGAAUGUAAUUCAAUUUCACCGAUGUGAAAAUCCUUGACUUAAAAUAAAUGAAGAAAAGAACAUAACGUCUAAUAACAAGCAACGUGCGUGAGUUGAAAUUUAAAGAAAGUGGAAAAAAGCAGUCGACCCAUCGUCGGGGUAUUAUGUCAGAAAAAUACGUUGCCCGUUGUGAAUAAUGGUUUUGCUGCAAUAAACGUGUGGCCCCACGAAAAUGAGAAAUUGUAAAUUGAUAAGUUCUAGUUUGCAAAAUUGCGUGUCAUUGCUCAAGCAAUUUCGUGGUCGCACUCCAACGUUUUGCAUUGUCUAAUUAUUUCGGUUCGUGUGUGUUUGUGUUCAUAAUAAGUGCAUGAGCGUUGAUUUUCUAACGAAAAUUAACUAGUGUAUGUCAAAUAGUUUGUUAUAUGCGAACAUUGUAACAUGCCGUUAGCAAAUUCAGGAGAUCCAUGGAGAGCACAAAUUGGCAAUUCAAACGCAACCGCGGUCAGCAACGUGGCGCAUACACAACAGGAUGAAGAGAUGGUUGUCGACGAGCCCAUUGACGAAACACAAAGUCAUCAUCACAUGCUAGCCGAUGGGCGAAUACUACAAACAAACACAAACGAUCAAACCGAAAUGAUACUUACGCCACAGGUCAAAUUACCGCUGUCUGGUUCGCGACAAGAGCUGAGUCAACAGCAAGGUCACAAUAAUCAUCAUCACAACAAUGAACAUGAAAUCGAACUAAAAGAUGUUGUGAAAGAAGGUCAUGACAAAGCCGAUCCAUCCCAGUUCGAGCUGCUUAAAGUACUGGGUGAAGGGUCGUUUGGCAAGGUUUUUCUUGUGCGUAAAAUCGUCGGGAGAGAUGCAGGUGUAUUGUAUGCAAUGAAAGUGCUGAAAAAAGCAACAUUGAAAAUCAAAGACCGAGUGCGUAGUACAAACGAACGAAACAUAUUGGCCGAUGUUGGUCAUCCGUUUAUAGUGCGUCUGCACUACGCGUUUCAAACUCCUGGAAAAUUGUACCUCAUAUUGGACUUUCUGAGAGGCGGCGACUUAUUCACAAGGCUGAGCAAAGAGGUCAUGUUCACUGAAGAAGAUGUCAAGAUGUAUUUGGCCGAACUGGCGUUGGCUUUAAGCCAUUUACAUUCCCUCGGAAUCAUCUACCGUGAUUUGAAGCCAGAAAAUAUUUUGCUCGAUCAAGAUGGACACAUUGCAUUGACCGAUUUUGGUUUAUCAAAGCACCCUCUAGAUGGAUCUAAAACCUAUAGUUUUUGUGGUACAGUUGAAUACAUGGCACCAGAAGUAGUCAAUAGGAAGGGACAUGAUGUUGCUGCGGAUUGGUGGUCCUUUGGAGUUCUUAUGUUUGAAAUGUUGACUGGCAAUCUACCGUUUCACAGUGCUACUCGACAAGAGACUAUGGAUCAAAUUCUUAAAGCCAAAUUAGGAAUGCCGGAUAACCUCUCGAAGGAAGCUCAGUCUUUGUUACGUGCUUUGUUCAAGCGAGUGCCAAACAACCGUCUUGGAGCUGGUCCUAAUGGAAUUGAAGACAUAAAGAAGCAUGAAUUUUUCGCAACAAUCGACUGGGCCAAUUUAUUGCUGAAAAAAGUGCGUCCUCCAUUUAUCCCUGCUGUUUCUCGUGAUGAUGCCUAUUACUUCGACUCAGAAUAUACCUGCAAAAGUCCUCGGGACAGCCCUGGUGGACCGGUGAGUGCUAGUGCUCGAGAAAUUUUUCGUGGCUUUAGUUUUAUUGCACCAUGUCUACUGGACGAAUCGGAAAAUAUGACAAAUGGCAGCAGCGGUGGCGGUGGUGGUACGGGCACGGUGAACACGAAUGAUAAUAACACGACAAAUACAAUAUCGGGAAAUACCCCACAAGUACCUGGUUCCUGUUCAAACAACGGAAGUGCUUCCAGUGCAAACAAUGGCAAUCCACCGUUGUUCCCAUCACGCAUUUCACCGUACACAAACGAGAUGCCCGGCCUGAAUCCUGGAAAUUUUCAGGAUGAAUAUCAAAUGGGACGGGAGCUUGGUCGAGGCACAUUUUCUGUGUGCCGUUUAUGCGAACAUCGUGCCACUCGCAAACAAUACGCAGUGAAGAUAAUCAGUAAAGCCGAUCGUGACUCGCGGGAAGAAGUUGAAAUUUUGCUGCGUUACGGCAACCAUCCAAAUAUUGUCACACUGUACAGUGUGCACGAAGACUUUAAUUACAUUUACUUAGUUAUGGAGCUGCUGAAGGGUGGCGAAUUACUGGACCGAAUCCUCUCGCUCAAACGAAUGUCGGAGAGUGAAGCCGCAGCUGUUUUGCGAACCGUUUGUUCAGCUCUUGCCUAUUUGCACGAACACGGUGUGGUUCAUCGCGACUUGAAACCAUCAAAUUUACUCUAUGCGUCGGUCAAUCAAACUCCAGACUCGUUGAAAUUGUGCGAUCUUGGUUUUGCCAAGCAAUUGAGAGCUGAAAAUGGCCUUUUGAUGACACCUUGUUACACGGCAAAUUUCGUUGCGCCAGAAGUGUUGAAGCGUCAGGGCUACGACCUUGCGUGUGAUAUAUGGUCAUUGGGAGUUCUGCUUUACAUCAUGCUCGAGGGAAAAACACCAUUCGCAAGUUCUCCAAACGAUAGCCCAGAAAUGAUUCUUGCACGCAUAGGUUCAGGAAAUGUCGAUUUAGAAUCAGGCGUAUGGAGCACAAUUUCAUUGGAUGCCAAGGACCUGAUCCAGAAAAUGCUGCACAUCGUGCCAAAUCGAAGACCGACCGCCGCUCAAAUAAUACGACACCCAUGGAUCGUUCAACAAACACCGUACAAUAGCACACAACCGAUUGAAAUUCCAUCCGGCUCAAGCCAACCGAUGGUGUGCGAUUCAACGGCUGCUGCAUUGAAAGGCGCUGUGAAUGCCACAUUUCGAGCCAUUUCAUCGCCACAAGGUGCUAACGUUGGCCCAGUCGGAAUGUCGGCUUUGGCGAAACGAAGAGCCAGAGAUAAAAUAAACGCCCAUGUCACAUAAUAUGCAAUUGAUAAGAUUACCGAAUAAUUCGGUUUUCAAAUAACAAACAAAAGUAUAUAUCGGACACACCAAGAGCAAGAACGAAAAUUCCAGAUCCGAUCAAGUGCUUUGAGUGAUUCUUUUUUGCAUGCUUCAAGCAGAUAAUUUAGACUAGAUAACAAAAGAAAAAUCUUCAUGUGUAUGAAUUUGUGUAUGUAUUUGUUGAAGUGUAUCCUAAAUCUAAGUUUGUUUUUUUCCUUAUCUCCUCAACCAAUUUCAAUUGAUGUAAAUUAAUAGCAAAUAUUUUUAUCUAAAAGACAGACAAAUUUGAACAAAAAACAAAAAAGAAUGAAGAAAAUUUACUAACUACUUUUAAAAUCUUAUAAUAAUUUUUUUAAAUCUAAUUUUAAUGGUGAAAUCUAAUCUAAUCGCUUUCUAAUUGCUACAAUUAACCCAAAUCCAAACUUUCAUUUCCGAUCAAGUGUUUUCCAUAUAUCUACGGGUGAAUUUGAGUGGAAACUAUGAUUUUUUCUUUCGAAAAUUAAAUGGUUUGAUAUUGACAAAAACUGUAUUAUCCUUUUGAAAAAUAAAAAUGUUUAUGAACAGGGCAACCAAAAAUAUUUAUUUAAAUAAAAAAUAUUUAAAUAAAUAUUUCACCAUUUUUGAGUUUUUCGAAAAUAUUUCAAGGUUUUGGCAUUUUUUCGUACAUAAUUUCAGUUGAUUUUCAUCAAAAAUGAAUAUUUAACGACUUUUAUUUUCUCUAAAAUUUGUGAUUAGAAAAUCGAACUUUCUUAAAUUUUCAAUUUUUUCCAAAAAUAUGUUCGAAAUUUUUUGGCGAUUUUUAGCUUUAUCGUAAAUAUUUUGAUCAUUUUAUCGUAAAUAUUGCGUAAAUAUUUCGCCGUUUUAUCGUGCAUAAAUAAAUAAAUAUUUCGAGUUUUUUCAUAAAUAUUUUUGGUUGUCCUGUUUAUGAAACAUACUUACCGCUCAAUCUCAGCCAUUAGACAUGAUGUUAACUUAACUUUUGACCCUUUUUCAAUGAAUGAGCUCCGUAGUUAGAUCGCGUGUAUUGAUUGUUUAUGUCGUCAUUUUUUGACAAAUUUAGUCAGACUAAAUGCAAAUGUAAAUACAAAUUCAAUUUAGCUAAAUGGAUGAAGUCAGAAUGAAUAUUUUCAAGUGGUUAAAUGAAUAACAAUACUUCCAUUGUAAUGGAUAUGAUUCAAUAGGUGAGAAUAUAUAUAUUUUGUGCGUGUAUAGUUAUUUACAGCGUGUUUAUAACAUAUUACAUAAUAUAAAUAAUAAUUCAACAAAAUGAAAUGCAUUAGAACAAUUAUUUAGCCGAUAGCAAACAUGUGUUUUAAGAUUGCUGAGCAUCUCAGCAUUUCGUAAGGCACGGAUAUAUCCGAGCAUAUCGACGACGCAUACUGUAUAAUACAGUGGCGUGUGUUACUACGUGCAGCCGCAACGACUCGACCGAAGUAUGUUCAGUUGAUGUGGCUGCACGCAGCAACAACAUACACAUUCCGGUCGAGUCGUUGCGGCUGCGCGUAGCAUUGCACGCCACUGUAUGCGUCGUCGAUAUGCUCGAAUAUAUUCGUGCCUUACGAAAUGCUGAGAUGCUCAGCAAUCUUAAAACACAUGUUUGGCCGAUAGCAAAACACCAAUUUAUUUUUGAUGAUAUUUAGGAGAUGAUUUGAUUGACAAUUUUGACAAUGGAACUAGAAAUAAGGUCACAAACAAACACACACAGAGACAGAUUGCAAAAUGAAUGUCAAAUCGAAAGCCAAUGUUGAAACAAUAACUGUCCAUAUUUGCAGGACAGUCAACCGGGCAAAAGUAGUGAAAUAUUUUUGUAUGUCAAAUGAAAUGUUCCUUAGUCAAAAUGAUUAAAGAAAACCGGAAAAAAGACAAAAAAAAAUAAUUACAAAAAUUUCAAGUGCACACAAUUAACAUACACUUAUGCGAAAGAAAUCCCAUAUACAAACCCCUUUUAAAAAUCGAUUACCAUAUUGUUGCUUUUGCAAGGUCGAAUUUUGAUAAAAUUGAGAUGAAAGUAAAAAAAAAAGACAUUUGUUUGGUCACCAAUUCUCGAGGUUAGGUUGUAACAUUGGGAUACAUUUUAUGGAAAAAUUUAUACAAUUUAAAUGUAAUAAGUAAGUGAAGCACUGUUUUCAAUUCCCCUCGUAAACAAAUCAAUUCCAAUAUUUGCUACUAAAAAUAAGUGAACGACAAAGAAAAAUCAAAGAAAAACAAAGACAUUUUUUGUCCAAACAAUUAUAUUCAACGCUCUUUCUGGCUUUUAAUGAAUUCAUCAAUAAAAACUAUUCUUAUUCUUAACCACAAACUUAG